UAUAAAUCAUCUAGCUAGACUGGUAUGAACAUAUUAGAAUAUAGUCGAAAAAAAUUUAAGUAGUGAUCUGAAAAAUAUGGGAAUCCCACAUGUUCUGGCUGUACCUUAUCCAGCACAAGGCCAUGUCAUUCCAAUGAUGGAGCUUCUCCAACGCUUUGUAAAGCAGGGGUUUAAGGUAACAUGCGUUAACACUGAAUUUAACCACAAGCGCGUGAUGAAGGCACUGAAUGGGACAGAUGGUCAUGUAGAGGAUGGGAUACAUAUGACCUCAAUCCCAGAUGGAUUAGGUCCAUCCGAGGAUAGAAAUGAUUUUGUGAAAUUUUUGAAAGGAAUAUUUCAGGUCAUGCCAGGGAAACUAGAGGAGCUCAUUGAAAGGAUCAAUGAAACCGAUGACAACAAAAUCACUUGCCUUGUUGCUGAUGAGACUAUGGGAUGGGCCUUUAAAGUUGCAGCGAAGCUUGGAAUCAGAAAGGUGGCUUUUUGGCCUGCAUCAGCUGCGCUCUUGGCUUCAAUGUUCAACAUUCCAAAGCUGAUUGAAGAAGGAAUUAUUAACAGCAAUGACGGAACUGUCAUAAAGCAUCAGAUGAUAAGUUUGCCAGCAAACAUGCCUGCAGUGAACACUGAAAAUAUGGCAUGGGUCUGUUUCCCUGACUUGGAAACUCAGAAAAGUGUGUUUGAUGUUAUACUUAAAACAAAUGAAUUUGUGAAACUAGCAGACUUUAUAGUUUGCAACUCAGCUUAUGAGCUUGAGCCAGCAGCAUUCACCUUGUUUCCAAAUAUCUUGUCAAUUGGUCCACUCAUAGCAGGCAAUCAACUUGGGAAGCAAGUAGGUCACUUCUGGCCCGAAGAUUCAACUUGCCUGUCAUGGCUCGAUCAACAGCCAGCUUGUUCGGUCAUAUAUGUUGCAUUUGGAAGCUUCACAGUUUUUGAUCCUGAACAGUUUCAGGAAUUGGCUCUAGGACUCGAACAAACCAAUAAGCCAUUCCUAUGGGUUGUGCGUCCAGAUAUGACUGAUAAAUUGAAUGAAGCCUAUCCAAAAGGCUUUAUUGAUAGAAUAGGAAGUCGAGGGCGAAUGGUGGGAUGGGCUCCCCAAGAAAAGGUUUUACGCCAUCCAUCUGUGGCUUGUUUCUUGAGCCACUGUGGUUGGAAUUCUACCAUUGAAGGUGUAAGCAAUGGGGUGCCUUUUCUCUGCUGGCCUUACUUUGCUGAUCAGUUCCUUAACAAGAACUACAUUUGUGAUGUUUGGAAAGUUGGAGUGGGAUUUGAGAAAGACGAUUGUGGAAUCAUUAGGCAAAGUGAGAUUAAGGACAAGGUCGAACAACUAAUUUGUGACAAACAGUUCAAGGCAAGAGUUUUGGAUCUCAAGGACAAGGUGGUGAAUACUGUCAAUGAUCAAGGCUGCUCUAACAAGAAUUUAAGCAGUGUAAUUGACUCGAUGAAAUGAAAAAUUGCAGAGGAUUCGAGUACUCAUUCCCCUCCCAGUACACUUAAAAAUGUUAUGCAUUGAAAAAUAUCAAACAUACAAAGAAAAGGGUAUUGUCAAUC